UUCUUUUACUCCACCGUAACCGCCAUGGUGCCCCACCCCAAGGACGAGGCGUACUUGAACGCCGCCAUUCCGAAGCGUAUCAAGAUGUUCGAGUCCAUCCAGGCCGAGCAGAAAACCCAGCGCCUCUCACUGUCGCCGGAUCCAAUCAAGGUCACACUUCCCGACGGCACGGUCAAGGACGCCUCCAAGUGGCAAACAACGCCGUUCGAUGUGGCGAAAGAGAUUUCUAAGAACCUCGCCAACAACGCACUCAUCGCGAGGGUCAAUGGUGUGCUAUGGGACAUGGCCAGGCCUCUCGAGCAGGAUUGCGAACUCAGGAUCUACAAGUUCGAAGACGACGAAGGCCGCGAUACGUUCUGGCAUUCUAGCGCUCACAUUCUUGGCCAGUCGCUUGAGAUGGAGUACGGAUGCAAGCUCUGCAUUGGGCCUUGUACUACAAGAGGAGAGGGUUUCUAUUAUGAUGCGUUUUAUGGUGACUUGGGAUUGAAUGAUGAUCAUUUCAAGCAAAUUGAGGCUGGGGCGUUGAAGGCAGCUGGGGAGAAACAACCUUUUGAGCGCAUUGAAGUAACACGUGAUCAAGCACUUGAGAUGUUUUCAGAUAAUAAGUUCAAGGUUGAAAUUAUCAAUGAUUUGCCUGCUGAUAAAACUAUCACAGUAUACAGAUGUGGUCCACUAGUAGAUCUGUGUCGUGGACCACAUAUACCCAAUACUUCCUUUGUUAAGGCAAUUGCCUGUUUGAAGGCUUCUUCAGCAUAUUGGAGGGGGAACAAAGAUCGGGAUACUUUACAAAGAGUUUAUGGCAUAUCUUAUCCUGAUCAGAAGAGUUUAAAGGAAUAUUUGCUUAGGCUGGAGGAGGCUAAAAAGUAUGAUCACAGGAUUUUGGGAGUGAAACAGGAGCUUAUUUUUCAUCAUGAAUGGAGCCCAGGAAGCUGGUUUUUCCUUCCACAUGGUGCACUAGUAUACAACAAAUUGAUAGAUUUCAUACGGAGUCAAUACAGAGUCAGGCGAUAUCGAGAGGUCAUAUCUCCAAAUGUAUUUAACAUGGAUCUCUGGGAGCAAUCUGGUCAUGCUGCAAAUUAUAAAGAGAACAUGUUUACCUUGGAGAUUGAAAAGCACGAAUUUGGGCUGAAACCAAUGAAUUGCCCAGGGCACUGCUUGGCCUUCAAGCAAAGAGUUCGCUCGUACAGGGAACUUCCUCUUCGCAUGGCUGAUUUUGGGGUCUUGCAUAGAAAUGAGGCUAGUGGUGCUUUGAGUGGAUUGACGCGUGUUAGGAGAUUUCAGCAGGAUGAUGCACAUAUUUUUUGCAGGGAGUCUCAGAUAAAGGAUGAAGUUAGAGAAGCCUUGAAGUUCAUCGAUUAUGUCUAUGAAAUAUUUGGUUUCACAUACGAUCUCAAGCUUUCAACGAGGCCUGAGAAUUCCUUAGGAGAAAAAGCAACAUGGGAGAAAGCUGAAAGUGCCCUUAAGGAAGCUCUGGAUGAAUUUGGGAAGCCUUGGCAGCUGAAUGAAGGGGAUGGUGCAUUCUAUGGACCAAAGAUUGAUAUCAAUGUAUCUGAUGCAUUGAGUAGGAAAUUUCAGUGUGCAACUUUGCAGCUUGAUUUCCAACUACCUGAUCGUUUUAAGUUGGAAUACUCGGCUGAGGAUGAAGCCAAGAUUGAGAGGCCUGUCAUGAUACACAGGGCCAUUCUAGGAUCUGUUGAGCGCAUGUUUGCCAUACUUUUAGAGCACUACAAGGGUAAAUGGCCCUUCUGGCUAAGUCCUCGUCAAGCAAUUGUUUGCCCUGUGUCAGAGAAAUCACAAGCUUAUGCAGAGAAGGUGAAUGAUGAAAUCUACAGCAAAGGGUUUCAUGUUGAUGUUGAUUUAACAGAUAGGAAGAUUCAAAAGAAGGUGCGAGAGGCUCAGCUAGCACAGUACAACUACAUCUUGGUUGUUGGAGAGCAGGAAGCUGAAACUGGACAGGUGAGCGUGCGGGUAAGAGAUAAGGCGGACCUUACCACUAUGAGUAUUGAGGGCCUGCUCGAACGGUUCAGUGAAGAUGCAAAAAAUUUCCGUUGAAACUUUUGUGAAAGCUGUUGUUGCAAAAAAUAUUAUUUUUGUCAUUUAUAUUCUCAACCUAACAAUGUAGUAUGAUUUUAGCUAUGGAUGCCCACUGUUUUUCCUAAUUGUUAUUGCUAACAUAAUGUGAAUUUUGUUUAUACUUGUAACGCGCUGAUAGAUCCGUGUAUUGACUGCUAGAGUCUAGACUACAUGCCAGACCUGAUUUGGUAUUUGGUUUUGGGGGAACAAUCAUUUUUAUUAUUUAAUUUUAUUUUUUUCUCGUUUGAAUU